AUGUACGACCAAUCGAGUGGCCACUCGUCCACGGCGACACUCGUACAGGCCGAGAAGCUGUCACUCAGCUCGUCACCACCACCACCCAGUGCAUCCACCGCUCUCCAAGCCGAUCACCAGGAGACGAAUGGCACGAACAAGGAGCUCGGAAGCGCGAUGACGACACCGCCGCCGUCGGGACGGGGCUCCGGUGUUGUAGAGUUGCCGCAGGAACUUGUCAGGUCAGUUCGACCGGACGCACGCUCACGAACAUCUUCUGAGCGUGCAGACUGAACCUACUCAACUCUCACCUAGACUCUUCCUCGAACAAGUCGGCGACUGGGAACUGGCGACCACGUUGGGCGUCCGUUGUCCGAGUCUCAACAUGACUGCACCAUGGCAGGAAUUUGCUACUCCGCUGGCAAGUCCGGGCACCUCUUGUACCAUCUCAUGGAAUACUGAAGUCGACACCCCCCGUCCACAGGACAAAGCGAUCCUACGCUCCUCGACCUCGAUCACUCCAGUGCGCUACGCCAUCGCGCACGCCUCGACCCGUUUCUCCCAAUGGGGCACCCGCGUCAUGAUCCGCUUCGGCUACAUCCACGUCCUCGAAUACCUGCUCCAACACGACCCACACCAACUACGCCGCCAGUGUCGUCGGUUGUUACCCGUCGUCGCCAGCGCUUGGGGACGUGUCAACGUGUUGCAGUGGGCUAGGGAGGGAGCGUAUGGUCUCGAUCCGGACAGUACGACGAUUGCAGAGUCGAUGGAUGAGGCCAGUCGUCAUGGUCAAGUCGCGGGUGAGUGGUACUUUUUCCCAUUUGGACGUUCACAAAAGUUGUCCGAAGGCUGAUCACUCGCUCGCUCCCUCUGCAUUCAGCUCUCGACUUUUGGAAAGAUUCGGGGUUGACACCAUGUGGGUAGUCGGAUGCGGUUUAAUAAAGACCUACCAUUUCACUUACAUCUUUUGGGGAGAUCCAUAGCCUACACCGAGGCGGCUUUGCUCUCGGCGACGAUCCAGCGCCAAAAGGCGAGCUUGGAAUGGUGGCGCAAUUCGGGUUUGGAUCUCAAGAUUGGUCCAGUGGUGAGUUUGAUCGAAACUUUGUCAAUUAUCUCUACUUUGUGACCAACACUUUGUUUGUAGCUCGACUACGCUUCCAAAGAGGGCACAUUGGAGUACCUCGACUGGUGGGCCAACUCGGGUCUACCCUGCCCCUACUCCAAAGCCGCCUUGCGUUACAUCUCGCAAAUGGGCAACAUCGCCCUUUUGGAUUGGUGGAAGCACUCGCGUUUCAAAAUGGACUACGACAAGGACGUCAUUCUCAUCGCCACGCGUUACGGCCAAACGAGGAGUUUGACCUGGUGGUUGGAAAGUGGGUUGGAUGUUGAAUAUCGGUUCUUUGAUAUUGAGGAAGCGUUGGAGGACUCGGUGAUGGGUAAGGAUGAGAGUCAAAAGUGGUGGGAAGGGUUGGGGUAUGACGUAGGGAUGUCGCAGACCGAAUGGACGAGGGUGAGAAACUUCAAGGUGCAGUGGAAGGAGUUGGGUCGGCACGUGGAGGACAGAGGAAGGAGAAGUUGA